AGUUGUUUCGACUUCACCAGGACCUGAAGAAGAGGCAGAAAAACCUGUGAAAACUAAGACUGUUUCUUCCAGUAAUGGAGGGGAAAGUUCGAGUCGCAGCGCAGAGAAACGGGCAGCUAAUGAAGAAGCUGAAGACUUCUCCACAAAGCCUGCUCCUGCCAAAAUGUCCAAGUUUGGAUUUUCCAUAGGCAGUCAGACAACAAAGAAGGCACCUGCAAUAUCCAUCAAACUUGGGGCAAAUAAGCCUAAAGAGCCUACUCCAACCCUUGCUCCAAAAACCCUUUCUGUAGCAGCAGCUUUCAAUGAAGAUGAAGAUAGCGAACCAGAAGAAAUGCCUCCAGAAGCAAAGAUGCGCAUGAAGAACAUUGGAAGGGAUACACCAACCUCAGCAGGACCAAAUUCCUUCAAUAAAGGAAAGCAUGGGUUUUCUGACAACCAGAAGCUAUGGGAGCGGAAUAUAAAAUCUCAUCUUGGAAAUGUUCAUGACCAAGAGGAUGACUAAAUGAUGUGUAUUGAGAUUUGGGUUGGGGGGAGGGCAGGGUGUGAUGUUAAAGGAACAGUUUCCUUUUUUAAGAAUGGUGUAAGACUAUCUUUGGAGCCACUUUUUUAAGAAUUAAGUGGUACACUAAUAACUGAGUUUGAAAUUAGAGGUAAUUUAUGUUUUGUAUAAAGAUUUCAAGGCAUUUGCUAAUUUUGUAGUUCCAUGUGAUUAGUUUCAAAAGUUACAGAUAAUAAAGAAAUUGGAAGUGGUACCUUUUAAAGAUUUUUUUUUUGUUUUGUCACAGUGAUUUCUUCAGGUGGACAAAAAAGGUUACUGUCUCUUUAAUCAAAUUAAUGUUGAAUGCUACUGCACUCUGGCUUCCAGCCCCCUCUUUCUAAUGGGAAAAGUUACAGAGAGUGAGCAUUGUGUUGUACUAGAAGUGUUACUGGACUAUUAAUUUGAACAUAAGUUUAGACAACAUAGAAAUAUAAAAAGCCUGGAUUCCUUUCCCUGUAGUCAUCUUUUGUUACAUCUUUACAAACUAGGAAUUAUGUUGCUCUGAGUGGCUAUAGUAAUUUAGCUCUAAUCUUGUUUUGAAAUUUUAUGUAAAAAUAUUUAAUAUUCAAUCUGUGGCCUGUUUCAUUCUCAAGAAAUGGGUCUUGUCUACAUAGUAGAUACAGCCUCUAAAGAUUAUUUGCUACAAAGGUAAACCAGUAUUUUAACUGUGCUCCUCUUAAAUCAUUAGCAUCAAGUAGUGCUUUGUUAGCAUUUCCUUGUGAAUUAAAUGGAGACAAAUAUUAACAAAGUGAUUAUCAAUAUAUGAGUCACCACCAAAAAGAUAAAUAUAUGUAAAUUAAGCUUCAUAUUUGGUUGAAAUGGUUUCCUGUAUGACUCCUAAAAGGAAAAAAAGCCACACCAAAAAUUCAAUAACUUACUGUUUAUAAGUACAAGAACUGUUAAGAUGCACUUUCUGUAUUUUGCCAUUUUUAAAUAUGCCUUUACAUGCUAAACUAUACUUAUGGAUUCAAGUGACACUAUCAGGUUUAGAAAAUUCCUUUAUUACUCUCAUUACUGGCAGCUUUAAAAAUCUAACUUUUGAUUACAGAUCUGGUUCAAACAGUAGCACCAAAUCAAAAUCAGUUUCAUUUUCUAUUUCUCAUAUUUUGGAAGAGUGAGGUAAGAUUUCAAACAUUGGAAGAGUCUAAAUUCCUUAAAACUAUUUUACUUAACUUUGAAUUAUGAAAGCAUUUGUAUCAACGAGUCUUGAACAAAAAUAUUUUGAGAACAACUGCACUUUUAGUGACUAAAAGUACCUGAUAGUGUCCUCUGCUAAAUUAAUCUUUCAUGUUUGAAAUGGAUUGUAGAAUUUGGUUUGGAUGAACCAUUUUUCACACCUCCUUAAGACCUUGUUGAGCAUAGCUGGUGCAGAGAGGAAAGUGCAUCUUUAAAAGUUUAUUUUAGAAAAGCUCUGACCACUUAGACUUUGAGUUUAUAAGUUCUAAAAACAAUUUUUUGUAUUUUUGUAUUGUAUGCGUAAUCUUUUUUUCUUUUGAAGUCUGAUGCAGUUGAAUAUCUGUAACUAUUAUUUUCUUUAAAAGCCUUGUUAUAAACAUAACAUAAAAACGUAUACAUUU